ACUCAACUCAUAAUAUAUAGAGAACUCCACUUUUCUCUCCCUUUUGCCAAACCCACGGCUUAUUAGUUCGGUAUUCUACCCUUUCUCAAGCAUUAAUUUUCGAAAGCUACUUUUCCCACUUUAGUCAAGAUUUUUGCCUAUUUAACAUCGUGAGUAGCAUCCAUCUUUUACAACCAUUCAGUUUGUGGUUUCUAUUUCUCUCAAUUGGUGUGAAUUAAAGAAAAAAUGUGGAGGCUGAAAACUGCAGAAGGGGUGGAUGGGCCAUACCUCUACAGCACAAACAACUACGUGGGCCGGCAGACUUGGGAAUUUGAUCCGGAUUAUGGCACGCCGGAGCUCCGACAAGCCGUCGAUAAAUCCCGCCGUGAUUUCUGGGACAACCGUCGCCAUGUCAAGCCAAGCAGCGAUCUCCUCUGGCGUCUUCAGUUCUUGCAUGAGAAGAAGUUCAAACAGAGUAUACCCCAAGUGAAGGUGGGUGAAGAUGAAGACAUCACCCAUGAAGCGGCCACCACCACACUCCGGCGAGCCGUCACCUUCUUCUCCGCCUUGCAAGCAAGCGACGGCCACUGGCCAGCCGAGAACGCCGGCCCUCUCUUCUUUCUUCCACCUUUGGUGAUGAUCACGUAUAUCACCGGCCAUCUCAACUCUGUUUUCCCGGCAGAGCAUCGCCGGGAAAUCCUCCGCUACAUAUACUGUCAUCAGAAUGAAGACGGCGGGUGGGGAUUCCACAUAGAAGGCCACAGCACCAUGUUCUGCACUGCUCUCAACUACAUCUGCAUGCGUAUAUUAGGCGAAGGCCCCGAAGGAGGCCUCAACAAUGCUUGCAGCAGAGCAAGGAAAUGGAUUCUUGACCAUGGCACUGUCAAAGCUAUCCCUUCUUGGGGAAAGACUUGGCUCUCUAUAUUGGGAGUGUUUGAGUGGAUAGGAAGCAAUCCAAUGCCCCCUGAGUUCUGGCUACUUCCAUCUUUUCUUCCUAUGCAUCCAGCAAAGAUGUGGUGCUACUGUCGCAUGGUUUACAUGCCGAUGUCAUACCUAUACGGUAAAAGAUUCGUUGGCCCGAUAACUCCCUUAAUAUUGGAGCUAAGGGAAGAGCUCUAUGAUCAGCCUUAUGACCAAAUCAAUUGGAGGAGCAUUAGGCAUCUCUGUGCCAAGGAGGAUCUAUACUACCCUCAUCCAUUAGUCCAAGAUUUGCUUUGGGACAGUUGCUACGUGUUGACCGAGCCUCUUCUGACCCGUUGGCCACUGAACAAGCUGAGGGAGAAGGCGCUUGAGGUCACCAUGAAGCACAUCCACUACGAAGAUGAGAACAGCAGGUACAUCACAAUCGGAUGCGUGGAGAAGGUGUUGUGCAUGCUGGCAUGUUGGGUGGAGGAUCCCAAUGGAGACUACUUCAAGAAGCAUCUGGCAAGAAUCCCGGAUUACCUGUGGCUCGCGGAGGAUGGGAUGAAGAUGCAGAGCUUUGGCAGCCAGGAGUGGGACACGGGCUUCGCUUUACAAGCGCUUCUGGCUAGUGAUAUGGCUGAUGAGAUAGGCGAGACUCUCAAGCUUGGGCAUGAUUUCGUAAAGAAGUCUCAGGUCAAGGAUGAUCCCUCUGGCGACUUCAAAAGCAUGUACCGCCAUACUUCUAAAGGGUCGUGGACGUUUUCAGACCAAGAUCACGGGUGGCAAGUGUCUGAUUCCACCGCGGAAGGAUUGAAGUGUUGUCUUAUGUUCUCCGUGAUGCCUCCUGAGAUCGUGGGUGAGAAAAUGGAACCUGAGGGAUUAUACAAUGCUGUCAACAUACUUAUUUCCUUGCAGAGCAAAAAUGGUGGGUUGGCUGCUUGGGAGCCUGCAGGAGCCUCAGAGUGGCUAGAGUUGCUGAAUCCUACAGCGUUCUUUGCUGACAUUGUGAUUGAGCAUGAGUAUGUGGAGUGCACUUCAUCUGUUAUCCAAUCGCUCGUUUUGUUCAAGAAGUUGCACCCUCAUCACCGCAAGAAGGAGAUCGAGACCACUAUCAUCAAAGCUGCUGGCUACCUUGAAGAUGUCCAGAGGCCUGAUGGCUCAUGGUAUGGGAACUGGGGUGUUUGCUUCACGUAUGGCACGUGGUUCGCCCUCGGAGGACUGGCUGCAGCCGGCAAGACAUACAAUAACUGUGAAGCAGUAAGAAGAGGUGUUGGUUUCUUGCUGAAGUCACAAAGAGGUGAUGGUGGAUGGGGAGAAAGCUACCUUUCCUGCCCAAAGAAGGAGUACGUCCCACUAGAGCAUGACCGGUCCAACUUGGUUCAUACGUCGUGGGCUAUGAUGGGCCUAAUCCAUUCCGGCCAGAGUGAGAGGGAUCCUACUCCUCUCCACCGUGCAGCUAAGCUUCUGAUUAACUCUCAAAUGGAAGAUGGUGAUUUUCCCCAACAGGAAAUUACUGGGGUUUUCAUGAAGAAUUGCAUGUUGCAUUAUGCAGCAUACAGAAAUAUAUAUCCACUAUGGGCUCUGGCAGAGUACCGCAAGCAUGUAUCAUUGCCAUCAACAAAUCCUAAUCCUAAAUCAUAGUACUAUAUAUAAUAUUUGUUAAUUUCUUUUCUUUAUGCCAUGCAAAAUGUUGUAUUACAGAAAAUAAGUACUCCAUAUAAGAAACACUACAAAUAAAUGCCAUUCAGUUCGAGUUUUUGUAACA